GACAUGUUGGUGAAAGCAGACGACGGAUAUCUAAUGAUGUAUAUAAGGGACUGGCUGAUUUGGAAGAGUCAUUUGACAACACUUUGAAAGAGUUACAUAGCUAGGUUCUGCCAUUCAUAUUUAUUGCUAAGAAGCAUCAACAAGUUUCAACAAGUAAGAUGGCAGCUAACGACAUCGACCAAAAGAAGUUCAAACAUCGCAGUGGGAAGACCAUGCGAUACAUCAAGGGACAAGCCACCCAUGGCAGUAUGACUACCUUUACAGGGCAAUUUGGCAUCUUAAAAUCAACAGUAGGGACAUUGGAUGCCAGCAAAUCAAAGGACUUUGAAAAGAUUGUUCAAGAUGGUGGCUUGGAAUUAACAGGUAAUCACGAGUGGUGGAACCUACCUGUCACAUACUCUUUAAACAAGAAAAAGAGAUGGCUUCUUCCAGACAUGAUCGCUGAUGGUAUUGCCGACGAGGAAUUCCACAAGGAUAGCGAUUACAACGUCGUCAUGGUAGAGCGGGAGAUACCUUGCUUCAAAGAACAUCGGGAGACAUCGCGCUUGCUGGAUCAACUGGUUCUCAGGACGGGUAAGGCAUCCUGUAAAGCUGUCCAUCGGUCCCAGGGUGAAGAGGCCAACUGCAGGAGAGCCAAGAAGAACUGCUCUUAUGAGGGUGAUCUUGUGAGAAACCCAAAGACUAUCCGUAACCGCAGAGAGGAAAAGAAAGAGCGGAGAAGGGAGAGGGCGCGGACAGGAAGGAGGAUCGACAUCCCCUCUCAGACGCGGGCAGAGAAUGUCCCAAGCCUGCCCGAGCUGCGAUACGAGGUUCUUCGUCCAACUCCCAUUAACCGAAGCAUGACACAUACAAUAUGUAAAAAAACGUUGUAUGACGAGGACUACCAUGAACGCAAGAGGAAGCUAUCAGGUCAAAAGAAAGACAAUUUUGGCAAGCUACAAUUGGACACUGAUCUUUGUGAUGAAAUCCAUUUUGAUUUGGAUGAGGAAGAAGAAUGGCCCAUCCACACUGGUGAUCAGGAGGAGUGUCUUUAUAGGUAUGAUGGAGACACUCCUGCAUUUGACCUUGGUUCUUAUAUCAAAACCUACCAACCAACAGAGUUUGGAACAAGGAAUCAUCAAGAGUCAUACAAGACAGGAAAAGAUGAGGCCAAGGUAGAGUCUUCCAGAGCUCUGACAUCACCAUGCAGGAAGCAAUAUGGUAAGGGCUGUGCCAUUUUCCGGCCUGACCUUGCGACGCCAGAACCGGAACAGGGGUUGUCCAAGUCGGACCUCAGCGACGUGGAUACCUCGGACAGUGGCUUUGAUUCUGAUGGCUCUUCCACCAACCACACUGACCACAAGGUUUCCUGGCUCCACCUGGGCAGUGUCGCCAAAGAGGGCGUCCUUCCGGAGAGACUCCGUAUGGACUUUGGGCAUGAUUAUGCAGAGGGACGCUCUGUACCCAGGAGGUUUUCAAUCAAGCUGAAGGCAGUCUCUGACAGUGGGGUUCCUGUCGGUGCAUCUGCUGUCUUUGCCACAGAUGAUGUGAGGCAGGACCCAGGAAUGGUGAAUUUGAGGCUGAGGUGUUGCAGUGCAGAUUUCCCAAUGCAAGAUCUUCAUCAAGCCGUCAGAGAAAGAAUCUCAACACCACCUCUUGUGAAAAUGUCCCUCAUGGAACAACUAAAAGAGAGCCUUUCAUGUUAUGCUGAUUCCCAAGAAGGAGUAGGAUCCAAGAUCUGUAAACCAAAGAAACCGGAAGUCACGCUUGAUACAGUGCAAAGCAUGAUGGGAUGGACGUUCAACUACGACACCGCUGAAAAUGUCAGAGCUCAAUUAGACGAUGAGGAGGCACAAGAGGAUUCAACUGCAACUUCCGAUGGAUUCUCUAACGCAAUACCUGAUGGAGAGGACUCCUGCGGCAUCUGCUUCGAGACUCUGGCUCCCUCUGGUGGUGAAGACGAGGAGAUGGGGACUGCUCUGCUUGGGUGUGGCCACUUAUUCUGCAAUGACUGCUGGAUACGUCAUGUGACCAACAGGGUGAUGAUGGGCGAGACGAGCAUUCGCUGUCCGGCCUUCAAGUGUGAAUCUGUCCUGGACAAGGUGACUCUCCUGUCUCUCCUGCCCGACUCCCUCGUCCGCAUCCACCUCGCUCAUCUCCACGAUAACCGUAUCAACAAUCACCCCGAGUGGAAAUGGUGUCCCAAUCCCAAAUGCGGCCGGCUUGUCCAGGUCCGGGAUGUAGCGUGGACUGAGCCUGGUGGGGAUCUGUCGGGAGGACCGAGGGUGCGGGAGCGGUUACUGGGGUUGCCUGUACCCUGCGAGUGCGGGGUGUCCUGGUGCUCUGAGUGUAAAGAGGUUGCCCACUGGCCAGCUACCUGCAAGCAAGCGGAACAAUAUCAUCAGUACAUGAAAGAAACUGGUGUUGACCACGUCAGAUCGGAACAUAUCAGGUCUGUUGAAGUCAAGCGAUGCCCGUCGUGUCGAAACCCGAUGCAGAAGAACGGCGGCUGCAUGCAUAUGAUGUGCAACUGUGGUGCUAAUUUCUGCUGGGAGUGUCUCGGACCGUGGAUUGAUCACAUUAACUGGGAUGACUGGGAUUACAGGUGCCUCCAGGGAAAAGACAAUUUGGAGACUGUGUUGCUGUCGUUAAAGAAAAAUGUCUCCAUCUUCUUCACCGAGCUUGCCCUUGAGAAUCAUAAGAUGAGGGGUCGCCAGACCGUUAUGAAGCACCACCAGCAGGCCUCGAGGCUAGCCAAGAGGAUGUUCUUUGUCCCUGAAGCCACGUCCCACCUCAUCCUUGAUGAUCUACUUCUACAAGGUGUCCCGGGUGUUCAAGAUCUGGUACCUUGGAGCUACUCCUCCAGCCAAGAUGACCAAUCACGGCUGAUUUCAUUGAUCACCAGGGCAACUAAAAUGGCCGCCUUUGCAGCAGAGGUACAUCUGCUUCUAGAGUAUAUGAGCACUUUGAUAGGACACUUGCCACGGAAACAAAGGAUCGGGAAGAAUGCCUGGAAGCUCAUCAUCUGCAGACUGAUGUUCAUUGCAUGCAGAAUGGAAGAACUCCUUGAGCGGCAGCAUGAGAAACCUGCAGAGACUGUUUGGAGGAGCCUCACUGUACUGCUUCACCAGGGUCAACUGUGCAUCAAAGACAUCACCAGGACAAUGCCACUCCUGCACAAGGGACUUCAGAAUGUCAAUGGUGAAGGGUCAAAGAGGACUGCUGAAGGGAACUCUCAAGGAGCAAGGAAUUAAAUUGUAGUGAUUGUUUCAGGGAUUUCAGUCAGGACAACUCUGCUUCAGAGACAUCACCAGGACAAUGCCACUCCUGCACAAGUGACUUCAGAAUGUCAAGCGUCAAAGAGGACUGCUGAUGGGAAUUCUCAAGGAGCAAAGAAUUAAAUCGCACUGGUUGUUUCGAGGAUUUCAAUCAGGACAACUCUGCUUCAGAGGCAUCACCAGGACAAUGCCACUCCUGCAAAAGAGACUUCAGAAUGUCAAAGGUCAAAGAGGACAGUUGAAGGAGACACGCAGAACCCUCGAGGAGCAAGGAAUUAAAUCGUUGUGCCCACUCACUAGAUUAAGUUAACUGUUCCACACAUUUAUGCACAUUCUCCACUUCCUAGGGGGCAAAUAUGGAAAAGUUUCUUGCCAAAAGACAAGUGUAUACAGUAUGCUGAUCUAUUCACCGCCUCAUUGGCAUCCUCCCUGGAUAGAGAGUGGCAAAUCUUGGCAAUUGUCUUUCUGAAAGGCAUGACGUUGGCAUCCUACCAUACCCGUGUUUGGAGAGUGGCAAAUUUGGUUAAUGUCUUUCCCAACAGCAUUAGUGCCAAGUAGGAUAGUUGAACCCCUGACCCUUUGUUUAUGAGUCAAGGGACUCAACCACUACACCACUCCGGCACAUGAAUGCAAUUAGAAUGCAGUUAGUUUGCAAGCUCAGACUUUAAAUUUGACUCUUUAAUAAAGUAACACCAUAUCUACAUGUAGGUUGGAGACUAAACUAAACUCCAAACCCUAUGUGUGUGUCAAAUAAGAAGCGGAAGCAGCUACAGUUUGUGAGUGAAUUUUAUCUCACUACUUCCAACUCUGCACUAUGCAUUUCAUGCAAAAACCAAAGAAUUGUUUCUGCAGACUACAUCUCAAUAGCAUAGCAUUAUUUUUUUUGGUGAAAGAUUUAGCCCAACAUGGAUGGUCCAACUCUGGAGACAUACACAAUCAUCUAAUGCACAUGUGAAUAUAUUUCCCGGGGGCCAGUCAAAUUUAUCGCUGUACACACGCAUGACCAAAAAAACGUGUUUAAAGGGGAUUUUUUUUCAGUUUUGGACACGGGCCAUACGUGCACUUGUUAAGGGUAUCAAAAACACCAAUUUUCAAAAACUAAGGGGUAGCUUUGAAAGACUGGUCAAUGGUCAAUCGCAGGGUCAAACGGAUUUAGGGUAUGUUUUUUGUUUCCAAAGCUUUUUUUUUUAAGACUAGCCAAACCUGUUUAGGGUAGGGUUUUUUCCCCGGGGUCAUAUUCUGGCGACAUUGUUAAGGGGUCAAAAUGUGUAAAUAAAGCCUGCGAAAACUUGUUUAGGGGGUUAUUUUGCACACACAGAAAAACUCGUUUAGGGGGUGUUUGGAAAUCUUUUGGCCACGCGUGUGUACAGCAACACAUUUGACUUGCCCCCCCCCCCCCCCCCCGAGAUAUAUUUAUGAAUAUUUAGGAACCUUAUUCCUUGAUUUGAUAAAUUUAGAAUUACUCUCGGCCAAUAUGCAUUCUUUAUACAUAAAGAAGUACACUUAGCUUUCAGUUCUUGCCUCUAGAAGCAAAUAAUAAUAGUUGGUGAAGAAGAUGAUGGGCAAACUAUCAUUUUCUACUAUGCGAUCUUCCUGUAGCUCAGUUGUGUACAUCCAGCUCAACAAGGAAUUGAUAGUUUGUCUAUUCACCUGAAACCAAGAGGUGAUCAAUUGCUUUAUAUUCCACACCUGACAGGCUGAAGCCAUUGAACUAUGCAUGUAUGGGAAGAAAACCAUAUUUAUACUUCUUUACAUUUUUACAAGAACGAAUUAUGGUGUAAAAUCAUUACUCUUGAAUUUCUUUUGUAUGUAAUACUAAAUUCUGCAAAUUCAGGGUUAUUAUAGAUGAUGGUUAAGCUUUUCUCCAAACCACCAUAAAUUAUGAUAAUGAAGAUUGUGUAUGUUCCAUUGGGAAUCAGACCUAGUUUUACAUUAUUAGAGAGAAAAUUAUUUGGCUAUUUCAAGUAACAAUUAUUGUUAAUUGUUAAUUCAUUGUUACUUCAUUGAUGACAUGUGCAAUGUCUUGUAGAAUUGAAAUAAACUUGAAAUAAACACUUGAAAUAAACUUGAAAAAUUAAGAGAUAUAGUGGCAGUGUGUAGUACAUCAGCUCUCUCAUGUGCACUGCAUAUCACUGUUUUGUGAAGGUAAUUCAGAUGUCAUAACUUUACGGUAUUUGACAGCCGAUUUUGAUGAAGUUUUCAGCAACAUGCUGGGAACUUUGAAAUCCACUGUUUUGCUUUCCCCAGCUUUUCUGGGGACUGAAGUGCAAUAUAGAUAUUCAAGAAGUAUUUACUAUUUACAUAUCGUUUGAACGCAUACAAUAAUAAUUGUAUCAGAGUAUAUGCUAUAUGAUUGCUUACUGUUUUUGUCUCACCUGCAUAGCAGAGUGAGACUAUAGGCGCCGCUUUUCCGACGGCGACGGCGGCGGCGGCGUCAACACCAAAUCUUAACCUGAGGUUAAGUUUUUGAAAUGACAGCAUAACUUAGAAAGUAUAUGGACCUAGUUCAUGAAACUUGGCCAUAAGGUUAAUCAAGUAUUACUGAACAUCCUGCCUGAGUUUCAUGUCACAUGACCAAGGUCAAAGGUCAUUUAGGGUCAAUGAACUUAGACCAUGUUGGGGGAAUCAACAUCAAAAUCUUAACCUAAGGUUAAGUUUUUGAAAUGUCAUCAUAACUUAAAAAAUAUAUGGACCUAGUUCAUGAAACUUAUACAUAAGGUUAAUCAAGUAUCACUGAACAUCCUGCAUGAGUUUCACAUCACAUGACCAAGGUCAAAGGUCAUUUAGGGUCAAUGAACUUUGGCCGAAUUGGGGGUAUCUGUUGAAUUACCAUCAUAACUUUGAAAGUUUAUGGAUCUGAUUCAUGAAACUUGGACAUAAUAGUAAUCAAGUAUUACUGAACAUCCUGUGCAAGUUUCAGGUCACAUGAUCAAGGUCAAAGGUCAUUUAGGGUCAAUGAACUUUGGCCAAAUUGGGGUAUUUGUUGAAUUACAGCCAUAAAUUUGAAAGUGUGUUGGUCUAGUUCAUAAAACUUGGACAUAAUAGUAAUCAAGUAUCACUGAACAUCCUGUGCGAGUUUCAGGUCACAUGAUCAAGGUCAAAGGUCAUGUAAGGUCAAAGAACUUUGGCCACGUUGGGGGUAUUUGUUGAAUUGCCAUCAUAUCUCUAUAAGUGUAUUGGUCUAGUUCAUAAAACUUGGAAAUAAGAGUAACCAAGUAUCACUGAACAUCUUGUGCGAGUUAUAGUAGUUUUCAAAAUCAGCACUGCUGCUAUAUUGAAUCGCGUGAUGCAGGUGAGACGGCCAGAGGCAUUCCACUUGUUGUUAUUUUAUACAGAUCAUCUUUUACUAUUGAAAUAUUUUUUUAUCAUUACAUUUUGUGUUUUUUUUUUUUCAUUAUUUAUUUCUAAAUAAAUUAUAUCUUUGAAAUUAAA